GUGUAUCUUGAGCGGAAUUGUUAAUAAUUAUAAAAAUGGUGAUUUUUUCAAAAGAAGAGUUUGAAGAUUGCACUGUUUCAAGGAAGAGAAGUGAACUCACGAAACGUCUCAUCGAAUUAACAAAAAAGAACGGUUACGAAAUUAUUCAAACAAAUGGGCAACGAGUAUAUGCACCGCCUGCAUCAAGAAACAUUCGGCCACCUCCGAAAGGGUGCGAGAUUUUCAUCGGAAAAUUGCACAAAAAUAUAUUUGAAGAUGAACUUAUACCUCUUUUUGAAAAAAUUGGACCUCUAUACAAGUUCAGACUCAUGUUGGAUUUUACAGAGAACACCCGAGGAUAUGCUUUCGCAACAUAUUUUAGACCCCAGGACGCCAAUAAAGCUGUUGCUAAGCUGAAUAAUUACGAGAUGAGACCAAAAUUGCACAUAGGCGUGUACAAGUCAGUUGACAACUGCCGCUUAUUUAUUGGAAAUUUACCGGAAGACAAGACAAAAGAAGACGUAGUAGAAAUGCUGAGCAAAUACGUGGAUGGUAUAACUAAUGUGAUUAUGUACCCUAAUUACGAAAAACCUUGGCUGAGUAGAGGUUUCGUUUUCGUAGAAUUUCAAACUCACCGUCUGGCCGCCAUGGCUAGAAGACAAUUUGCCCCUGAUAAUUUGAUUGCAUGGGGACAGCGCAUGCAUGUUGAUUGGGCCGAUCCGCUACCUGAAGUUGAUCCCAAAAUUAUGACUAAGGU